UUAGCAUUUAACAGCACCUGUACAGAGAUGGGCAAUUUUGACAACGCUACUGUCACUGGAGAAAUAGAAGUUGCCAUUUCGUUAUUGCUUAAAACCUACUCUUUGGAAAUAUGUAUCGAGGCCUGUAAGAACCUUGCCUAUGGAGAGGAUAAGAAGAAAAAGUGCAAUCCGUAUGUGAAGACCUAUCUGCUGCCUGACAGAUCCUCCCAGGGAAAACGCAAGACCGGAGUCCAAAAGAACACGGUGGACCCAACCUUCCAGGAGACCUUGAAGUACCAGGUGGAGCCUGCCCAACUGGCGACCCGGCGACUGCAGGUGUCUGUGUGGCACCUGGGCACACUCGCCCGGAGGGUGUUUCUUGGAGAAGUGAUCAUUCCUCUGGCCUCGUGGGACUUUGCAGACAGCACAACACAAUCCUUCUGCUGGUAUACGCUCCGGGCCAAGGCAGCGAAGUAUGAAGACGGUGUACCUGCCAAUAAUGGAGAGCUUGCAGUCCGGGCCAAACUGGUGUUCCCUGCAGGGCCUGGAAAGCUUGAGGAGGCUCAAGAAGGGGCAGAUCAGCCAUCGUUUACCGGUCAACUCUGUUUGGUGGUGCUGGGCGCCAAGAACUUACCUGUGCGGUCAGAUGGUACCCUAAACUCAUUUGUUAAGGGCUGUCUGACUCUGCCAGACAAACGAAAACUGAGACUGAAAUCUCCGGUCCUGAAGAAGCAAGUGUGUCCCCAAUGGAAGCACUCCUUUGUUUUCAACGGCGUAACUCCUUCUCAGCUGAGGCAAUCCAGCCUGGAACUAACAGUCUGGGACCAGGCUAUCUUUGGUGUGAAUGACCGCUUGCUGGGAGGGGCCACGCUUGGUUCCAGGGAAGAUCCAGCCGGCGGUGCUGACUCAGGCGCAGAGCCAAAGAUCCAAUGGCAGGAAGUUCUCUCCAGCCCCAAUGUAUGGACAGACAUGACACUCAUCCUGCAUUGAAGUGCAGGUUCCACUCUGCAGCGGGUUUCAAGUCUGCGUGCCUGCAGGUUAGCUGGCAAGCUGGGUGUGGACGCACACCUGGCAAGGCCUCUGGAGUGACACACUCUUCUGUAUCCCUCUGUGUACACUUGUUAAACAGAGCAGUGAUCACUGUUAUAGACAGAAGUCUCGGGUUGGUUAUCUGUGCUUUGAGAGAUGUGGAAAAUGGCCAGGUUUCAAUAAAUGUUCAACAGUACCUCUGUCUUCCAAUGCUUAUCAAACAGUGAAAACUACGGCCUUGUUAUGUGCAUUUCAAAGAAAAAGAAAGGAGACUGGUGGGUAUUAAUCCCUUCCACUUUACUAUGAAAACUGUGGAGGCAGGUCAGCUAACUCCACGGAGUGCCGGGGUGCAGAAGGGGACAGACUACCAUUUUGGGUCUGUCGGCUCUAAGGUACAUCCGAGGGAGGCCUGGCCCCACAAAGCAUCACUGGCAGGGCUGCACAGACGCUCUGAGAAGGGACCUCUUGCUCAGUGGCUAGCAGACAUCCACAGCUGUGCCUCACCUUUCAUGUGUCUGUGGUGUGGUGUUCAUCCACACAUGACAUCUUAAUCAAAAAGGAUGAAGCAGGGCGGGCCUGGUGGCUCAGGUGGUUGGAGCUCCGUGCUCCUAAUGCCGAAGGCUGCCGGUUUGAUUCCCACAUGGGCCAGUGGGCUCUCAACCACA